AUGGAGGAGUAUAAAGUUCUCCAGCCAUUUAAAUAUUUUAAUGAUCACAUUUCUGUAAAUGUUAGACCUGAUGGUAGAAAAUUUGAUCAACAAAGGAGUAUUAAAUUAAAUGCAAAUUCAGUUAAUACUGCAGAUGCAUCAUCAUUAAUAAAAUGCGGAAAAACAUCAGUAGUAUGUGGGAUUAGUCUGGAACUAGCAACACCUAAAGCUGAGGAACCAGAUAAUGGAUUUCUUGUUACAAAUGUGGAACUACUUCCUCUGUGCUCAUCUAAAUUUAAGCCUGGACCUCCAUCGGACUAUGCUCAAGUGGUUAAUAAUACUGUAAAUGAUAUAUUAAAAAAUUCAAAGUGUAUAGAUCUAAAGGACCUGUGUAUAGUGUCGGAUAAAUUAGCCUGGGUUUUAUAUUGUGAUAUAGCUUGCUUGGAAUAUGAUGGAAGUAUAAUAGAUGCUUGCUUAGCCACUUUAAUGACAAGCCUUAAAACAUUAUCAUUGCCUCAUGUCAUAUAUGAUAUUGAAACGGAGGAGAUAAAGGUGGAUGUCAACAUAAGACAUCCAUUAAAAGUCACUGGCCUUCCAGUAGCAACCAGUUUUGUUAUAUAUCAAUCUCCAGAUAGCAAUGUUGCAUUAAUGGACCCAACUUCCUUUGAAGAAGAAAUGUGUGGCGGAAAUGGUGCAAAUCUAGUGGUGUGUUGGAACCAGGGACUAUUGUGUGGUAUCCAUAAAUUUGGUGGUGCUACCUUAGGAACUGAUGGUCAUAAAAAACUUUUAAAUGUAGCUAAGGAGAGAAGUAAAACUAUUGAAGAAGUUAUAAAUACUUGUAUUGCUAAUGAGACAUCAGAAUAA